UGUAAAUCUCCCUCUCUUCACAGCCUAUCGUCUUUCUCUCACCAUCUGGAGUUGUCAUCUACAGUAACCCAUAUGCUCAACUUCUUCGUCUUCUUCUCCAUUUUUCUUGGGAUUCUGCACUGAUCUGCUCUUCAACUCUCACUGAUUCCCCGCAACUCACUCGUCUCUCCCACCAAAAAGAACACCCAGCUCAACUCACCUUUACCCCGAUUGCGAUAGUUUAGUCCCUUUCACGUAUGUAAUUUUAUUUGUUUAAUCUUUUUUCAAAAUCGUUUUCUUGAUCUUGACAAUCUCUUGUCAUUUAUAUCUAUCUGGGCCUGCUUCAUCUGUUCCCUCUUCUUCUUCUUCUUCUUCUUCUUCUUCUUCAUCACUGAGUUAACUCAGUACUUUCUCUCUCUCACUGCGGUUUGGUCGGUUUUUAAUAAUGAGUCAGAGUUUAUCAGAUCUUUUUGACGACAACCGAGAAUUCGGGGAUGCUCUCAGCUUGGUAGGAGACGACUUGUUCGCUCUCCUUGAGAGUUUGGACAAUGUUGCAGAUUUUCCUCCGUUGACGCCGCUUGAUGAAACCUCCGCUUCUGCUGGAGGUGGCGGCGCCGGUGAAGAGGCGACGACGAGGAGAUUGGUCUCUCAGAAAUCCACGUCGUCUACUACGUUAGUUCAUGACUAUCCAGAGACUGAGUUUGAACCCUGCUGCAACUCGCCUAAGAGCAAGCGAGCAAAGGUAGCGAGUUCCAGUCAGCAAGAUCAAGAAGGUCGGAAUCAAGAUGAGCCACAGAGAAUGUCCCAUAUCACGGUGGAAAGGAACCGGAGAAAGCAAAUGAAUGACCAUUUAUCGGUUUUGAGGUCCUUAAUGCCUUGCUUCUACGUCAAAAGGGGAGACCAAGCUUCCAUCAUAAGCGGAGUGAUCGACUACAUCAACGAAUUACAGCAAGUUCUACAGUCCCUGGAAGCUAAGAAACAAAGAAAAGCUUACAGCGAAGUUCUAAGCCCUAGGGUUCCCGUCGUCUCCAGUCCCAGACCCUCACCACUAAGCCCUAGAAAGCCACCGCUGAGUCCCAGAAUAAACCUCCCGAUUAGCCCUAGAACUCCGCAGCCAAACAGCCCCUACAAACCACCCAGGUUGCACAACCAACCCUACUUGUCUUCUCCGACCGGCAUGCAGCUCGACCCUUCUCCUUCUUCUUCUUCCACCUCCGGCUGCUCCGUCGACGGCGGCAAAGAGCUCGUCGCCAACUCCAAGUCAGCCUUGGCGGACGUCGAGGUUAAGUUCUCCGGUCCUAAUUUGGUGUUGAAGACUGUUUCGGGUCGGAUUCCGGGUCAGGCUGCGAAGAUCAUGGCGGCUCUGGAGGAACUGGCGCUUGAAAUUCUUCAUGUCAACAUAAAUACCGUUGAUGAAACCAUGCUUAAUUCCUUCACCAUUAAGAUUGGAAUUGAAUGUCAACUCAGUGCUGAGGAACUCGCUCAACAAAUCCAGAAAACAUUCUGCUGAAAUUAAUUUUAAUUAAUUAAUUAAUAGUAAUUAGAAGGCAG